AUGAUGUUAAACUGCAGGGGAUUUACAUCCAUCACUCGACGGCGGUUUCAUGCAGCAGCUGUAAAAACUUCGGAAAUUAUUGGACCAACAAUUUGUAAUUUGAAACGUACUUAUCAUACAUCUCUACGAUUUACAUCUUCCGCACUUUCAGAUAAAGGUGAUAAUCACGACAUGAAUCGUUUCCCAUCAUCAUCACAAAUUCAAGAAAAUAACGAUGCACAAAACAAUAUCAACAACAAUCAAGAAUCUAGCCUUGAAGAGGACAUUCGCAAAUUAGAAGAUAAAUUAAAAUCAUUGCCACAUCUAUUUGUUGAAAAAUUAACUGGAAAUCCGCUCAGUCUGCAACAAUGGAAUGAACGCCUCAGGAUUGGAGCAGAGACCAUUAAAAAACGUCAAGAAUUGAGAAAAGCAAAAGGACGAGGUCACCUUUAUUUGUUCUACUUUUUAGUGCUGUUUUUACCAACCUAUUUGAUUUUAGAAUUUCACAUUUGGCUUCAAGCCAAACUAUUGGAAAGGAACGAGAAAAAACUAGAACGAGCAAUGCAAAACGAAGCAAGUUAUUCUCUUUUUAAUUUGUCACUUUAUGCAGACAAACCACCCAGAGACGUUAGGGAGACACGAGCUCUCAACAGAGAAAAGUUUUAUUCGAAUAGAGAGCUCGCCAGAUUGAAUUUUGAAAGAAUUUCCUAUCAAGACAAGUUGGAGACAUUACGUCAAUUUGAACAGCAAAAAAGUGCACGAUAA